UUUUCUUUAGCCCUCCAUGCUCUUCCUCCUCCAUUCUUUUGUUGCACUAACUGAUCAUAAAUGGAGGGUGAAAUCCAUUUUUAAGUCAAGAUAGCAAAUAAUUUUUAUUUAUAAAGAGUUACGGUGAUCUAAUGAUUUUAUUUUAGAAAUAAUUGUGAAGAACAAAUCGCAAAAUCAAUGGAAUGGCCAAUCUUGAGUCACUCGUGCAGAGAUGCGCCGCCUUCUCCCACAUAAAGCAACUCCAAGCUUACUUCAUCACCACCGGCAACUUCCAAUCCUGCCGCACCCGCUCCAAGCUCCUCGACCUUUGCGCCGUCGCCCCCUUUGGCUCUCUCUCCUUUGCCAUUGUCAUUUUCCGCCAAAUCCGAAGCCCUUUUACCAAUGACUUCAAUGCCAUUAUCCGCGGCCUGAUCCAAAGCCCUGAACCGUCUACCGCCUUCCAGUGGUAUAGAACCAUGCAACGUGGGUCUUUCAGAUUGGAUGCCUUGACGUGCUCUUUCACUCUGAAAGCUUGCGCACGCGUCUUGGCUGCUACCGAAGCUCUUCAGCUUCAUGCAAACAUCGUACGUUUUGGGUUCAUGGCGGAUGCUUUGUUAGCUACUACUUUGCUCGACGUGUAUGCGAAAGUUGGCGAUCUUGGUAACGCAAGGAAAGUGUUUGGUGAAAUGCCACGAAGAGAUAUCGCCUCGUGGAAUUCCUUGAUUUUGGGGUUGGCUCAAGGGGAUCAAGGGAGUGAAGCCUUGGAUUUAUUCAAGAGAAUGGAAGUUGACGGGUUAACGCCUAACGAGGUUACUGUUCUUGGUGCUCUUUCUGCAUGUUCGCGCAUGGGUGAUUUCAAAGAAGGGGAAAAGAUUCAUGGGUUUAUAAGGAAUGCAAAGUUGGAGUUGAACGUGCAAGUUUGUAAUGCAGUUAUUGAUAUGUAUGCGAAUUGCGGAUUUGUGGAUAAGGCGUAUGGUGUGUUUGAUGACAUGGGUUGUAACAAGAGUCUCGUUACAUGGAAUACCAUGGUAAUGGCCUUUGCAAUGGAUGGAGAUGGACAUAAAGCGCUUGAGCUUUUCGAGCAAAUGGAUGGAGCUGGGUUGCAGCCCGAUGCUGUAACUUACUUAGCUGUGCUAUGUGCUUGCAAUCAUGCUGGCCUGGUGGAGGAUGGUCUGAGAUUGUUUAAUACAAUGGGGAGGCAUGGAGUGCAACCUAAUGUGAAGCAUUAUGGGAGUGUGGUUGAUUUGUUGGGUCGAGCCGGGAGGCUCAAAGAGGCCUAUGAUAUUAUCAAUUCUAUGCCAGUGAUGCCUGAUGUGGUGCUUUGGCAGAGUUUGCUUGGAGCUUGCCAGAUUUACAAGGAUGUGGAGAUGGCGGAGAUUGCCUCACGGAACCUGGUGGAGAUGGGGUCCAAUAAUUGUGGGGAUUUUGUGUUGUUAUCCAAUGUUUAUGCAGCACAUGAGAGAUGGAAUGAUGUUGGUAGGGUGAGGGAUGCCAUGAAGAACAGGGAUGUGAAGAAGGUGCCUGGUUUUAGCUACAUUGAGGUAAAUGGUAUGAGACACAAGUUUUUCACUGAUGAUAAAAGCAAUGCCAAAUGGAAAGAGAUAUAUUCAAAAUUGGAUGAGAUUAGGUUCAAGAUUAAAGAGAUAGGCUAUGUGGCUGAGACUAGUUUGGUUCUUCAUGACAUAGGGGAGGAGGAGAAGGAGAAUCAACUGUGUUAUCAUAGUGAGAAGUUGGCAGUGGCCUUUGGUUUGAUUAGUACCAAUGAAGGAACCCCAAUUCAAGUGAUUAAGAAUCUAAGGAUAUGUGGAGAUUGUCAUGUUGUGAUUAAGCAUAUAUCGAAGAUAUAUGAACGAGAAAUUAUUGUGAGGGAUCGAGUUCGGUUUCACAGAUUUAGAGAUGGAUCUUGUUCAUGUAGAGAUUACUGGUGACCUUGAUCGUUUUCCUGAACAGGCAUAAUAAGUAACACUUGCAGGCAAAAAAGAAGUGCAAAUUGAUCAUUUAACAGAUUAUUUUUCUCCCCUUCUGAGGCUGAUCAUCCAUGUUAGAGUAGGAAGUUUAACCCUAAACAGUGAGUGUUUGUUCAAUUCAUUUAUGUUACACACGUUAA